AUGGCGUCCACCGAUCAGUCCCUCCUGGACCUAACAGAUAAAGAAACCCGGGAGAAACUGUCGUUAUGGGAUCGCCGCACCGAUGCCAUGGCUCCCCUAACGGAGAAGCAGAUGGACGCUGUCCUGGAGAUCCGAGCCGCGGCGGAGAUGCUCUCAGUCCCGUCAGAGUUGCCCAUUGAGGACUUGUGCAGCCUUUCGUCGCGGUCCUUGCAGUCCCCCUUCACAGCGACUGUCCCCGCGUCAACAGAGGACGUCCUGCUGAAGGGUUUCCAGGCGCUUGACAUGGAGAAUGACAGGAUAGAAACUGCACAACAGUUUUUUGCCUGGUUUGCCAAGUUGCAGGCAAACAUGGACCAGGACGAGAGCUCAAAAUACAGGAAAACCAGAGAUGAACUAAACUGCUACCAGGAACAAUGUGACGCGAUCCUGAAAGAUGUCACCGCAGCUCUGGAGCACUUGGACUCCCUCCAGAAACAGUAUCUGUUUGUGUCUAAUAAAACUGGCACCCUGCACGAGGCCUGUGAACAGCUCCUAAAAGAGCAGUCGGAGCUUGUUGACCUGGCAGAGAGCAUACAGCAGAAACUGUCAUAUUUUAACGAGUUGGAAAACAUAAACACGAAACUGAACUCACCAACCUUGUCUGUAAAUAGUGAAGGCUUUAUACCAAUGCUGUCAAAAUUGGAUGACUGCAUCGAAUACGUUUCCUCACAUCCCAAUUUCAAGGAUUAUCCGGUUUAUUUGGCCAAGUUUAAACAAUGUCUCUCUAAAGCUAUGCACUAUAUGAAGAUCCACAUUGUCAACACUAUGCAGAAUCUCACAAGCCAGUUAACGAAAAGGGAUCCAAUGGGCUUGACCAAUGCAGACAAUGCAUUUACACUCUACUAUGUCAAGUACAGAGCAGCUGCACCUAAAGUUAGAUCACUGAUUGAACAGAUAGAACAGCGAGCAGAGAAGAUUCCAGAAUACCAUCAGCUCCUAGAUGAAAUCCAUCAGUGCUACCUUGACCAGAGAGAGCUGCUGCUCAGCCCCAGCAUUACAUCCACCAUUACUGACCUGACCAACCAAAACAGCAAAGACCACUGUGCUCUGGUUCGUAGUGGCUGUGCCUUUAUGGUCCACGUCUGUCAGGAUGAACACCAACUGUACAAUGAGUUCUUCUCUAAACCUACAUCUAAACUCGACGAGCUGCUAGAGAAGUUAUGUUUGUCCCUGUAUGAUGUCCUCCGGCCUCUAAUCAUCCACAUCAUCCACCUGGAAACCCUGUCUGAGCUCUGCAGUAUCCUCAAGAAUGAGAUGCUGGAAGACCAUGUCCAUAACAAUGCUAGUCAGUUGGGGGCCUUUGAUGCAGUGGUGAAGCAGAUGCUGGAGGAUGUUCAGGAGAGACUGGUCUACAGGACUCACAUUUACAUCCAGACUGAUAUCACAGGCUAUAAGCCAGCUCCGGGAGACCUGGCCUAUCCUGAGAAACUGGAGAUGAUGGAGAGAAUUGCUCAGAGCUUGAAGGAAGAGCAGAUGAAGCAGACGUCGCAGGAACCCAUGUUUUCUGAUGUUCAGCUGGAGGAUCCUGAUGGUAGAAGAAACAGUAAUGCUGGGAAUGUUGAAGCAUCCCGCCUACAGACAUCUAUCUCUCCUGCUGAUCUGCACGGCAUGUGGUACCCCACUGUCAGACGAACACUGGUUUGUCUGUCCAAGCUCUACAGAUGCAUAGAUAGAGCAGUCUUCCAGGGUUUAUCUCAAGAAGCCUUAUCUGCCUGCAUCCAGUCCCUGCUUAAAGCUUCAGAUAUCAUCCUUAAAAACAAGACGCAAAUAGAUGGGCAACUUUUCCUGAUCAAGCACCUGCUGAUAGUGCGUGAACAGAUUGCCCCAUUUCACACCGAUUUUGCCAUCAAGGAAAUCUCACUGGACCUGAAGAAAACGCGAGAUGCUGCCUUCAAAAUCCUGAACCCUAAGGCUGUUCCCAAAUUCUUCCGAUUUAACAGUCACAACGCCAUACUUGAAUUCCUGUUGGAGGGACAACCAGAGAUAAAGGAGCACUACAUCGACUCUAAGAAGGAUGUGGACCGAAACCUGAAGUUCAGCUGUGAGCAGUUCAUCCAGCAGCAGACUCAGAUCUUUGUGGGAAACCUUGAGGAGUUUCUCACCAAGGUUGCAGCUCUUAAAACUAUGGCUAUCCAAGGUGGUCCCACGUACAGUUUGUCUCAGCAACCUUGGGCACAGCCAGCAAAGAUCAACGAUAUAGUGAUGGCUACCUACCGGGUGAUGAAGAGCAAGCUGCCAAGCACUUUACAGAGCAUGUCCUUGUACUUAGCCAACAGAGACACGGAGUUCAUCCUUUUCAAGCCUGUCCGGAAUAACAUCCAGCAGGUAUUCCAAAGACUGCAUGCCUUGCUUCAGGAGGAAUACAGCGGAGAAGACCUUCAAAUCAUCGCGUGUCCAUCGAUGGAGCAGAUUAACCUACUGCUGUCUGUGAAUAAGUAAUGUCCAAGUUCGGUGUGGCGGCGCUGGUGAAACACCCUCUGGGUAGCAAUGGGAUGUUGCAACUACAACCACGAUCAGGACUAGUGAGGCCGGAGACGACCGGAGAAGCUGCACAUGAGCUGCAAGCUUGACCGGGAGCGCUGAACUGACGGCGAAAAAAACAAAAUCCUGCACAAGGCCAAAGAUUCUCCAGUGGAGGCUCAAGUAGCUAAAAGUAUGCUGAGGUUCAGGUAUUCAUCUGGCGAGUAGAGGGGAUUAUUUUGGGUACUGAGCUGAUCAUUCUGUUUGACUUAAAUUGAAGGUGGUGUUGUGGUUAGGGUUGUUUUCAUGUAGGAGAAAUCCGUUUUGACAUGGGUGGAUUUGUGAUCACAGUUGCAUCUCUAUCAACACCGAAUUGUUUUGAAUAAAAAAAUAAUUUGCACACCAUGUGAGGGCGGGUGGGGGGUGGUGGGGGGUGGAUUUAUUAAAAGUGUUCAGACGAGGACACUUCAGGUGUGCAAAUACAGGCACUAAAGGGUUGUUCAUCAGCCAGGUAGCUAAUGGCCAGUAAGGGGGCUUGUAUUCAGAUGGCUAGAUUCCCUUGAUGGGGUUGGAAGGAUAACAAGAGAAAAAAAUGCUGCAAAAUAUUUUAUUCUUCUAUCUUAAAAUGUAACUUUGUAAUAUUAAGUAGAUCUCUAUGGUGGCACAUGGUGGCCUGAUGUGCUACAGGACACUCAGGUCCAGAUAGGGCUGCAACUAACGAUUAAUUUCAUCAAUGAUUUAUCUGACGGUUAUUUUCUCCAUUCAUCGUUUUGUCUAUAUAAUGUCAGAAAAUGGUGAAAAAGCUUCCAGUCCAACUGUUUCUUUAAAUGUCUUGGUUUGUCAAUCAAAAAUCCAAAGAUAUUUAAGAGUAAUAUGAUAUUAAACUAGCCUGGUAUCGCCAGAUUAAUUUACUAAUGCGCUUUUAGUCCUGAACCUCUCACUUCAUUUUUGAUUUCCAAGGCCGUGAUGGACAAGUGCAGACCAAAAUACCUGUGAAUAGACCUACAACCAAUCAGAGAACCGAAACAUGACCCCAACCAAUCAUAGCAACAAAGCAUGUGACGGACAGUAGCAGUGAGUGACGCAUGCAGGUUGGAGCGGUGCUUGAUCAGUUUCCAAACAGGAAAAAAACAUGGUUCCCUGGUCUCAAAUUACAGCUAGACAGUGCUCUAAAAAUCUGAAAACAUUUGAGGAAUGAAAUAGGCAACGUAGUAACAGAGUCUUUAUUCAUAUUUAUUCAGCGCUGCCUAGUUUGACAGUUUGAUCUGAGGUCUGUGAGCUAUGUGGUCAUCUGUCAUACUAUAAAUCCCAUUUAAUUUGAGUUAAAUGGUUGGGAUCUGUGCGACAGGGACCACACAGUGGAAAUCUGUCUGAAUGGGAGAGUGUCCAGACGCAUCUGUCAGAGCAAAUAAAAAGUGAGCUUGGCAGAUUCAACUGUUAAUAUAAAAGAUGGGAAAAUUCCUUUUUCAUGAGGCUGAAAACUGCAUUUUUUGGCAAUUUUUGCUUGAGGGAAUUACUUCAUCUGUAUAUCAAUUAUCAAAUUAGUUGGCAAUUAGUUUUCUGUUAGUCCACUCAUCAAUUACUCAAGUAAUUGUUGCAUCUUUAGGUCCGAUAGGUUUCCCCCUCUGAUCAUAACAAAAUCCACUCAGCAGUUUGUUACUUGUCGGAUGGUUUCUUAAAGAUUCUUCCACAUUCUUCUCCUGAAUGUUUUUGUUAUUCUGUUGCAAAUAUGUAAAAAAUACAGUGGAAUAUUUUAUUUUAUACUUUCUUUUUAUACAUAGGUUGAUUAAUAUGCUUUUACUCUGGCAAAAUGAUGGACCGUUGACCUUGGCAGUUUUGCACUGUAUACUAUAUGAUUUAUGGGUAUGUUUCCUAGUGGUCUUUGCAGAGUUAACAAAAGUAACAGGACACUGGCAAUGUGACAUUUGCUUUGGUGUGUCCCAUGUAAGAUGUUGUGUACAGUUAUACUAUUUAUGAACAUUCUGAUUAAAAAAAAAAAGAAGAAAAAGGUUAA